AGCUAGUUGAUGAAUUUCAGCUGUUCACACAGGGAAGGAAAACAGCAGUUUAACUGAAGCUGUGAGACUCAACUUGACUUCAUUGUUUCACACAUUUAAAGUAGUUUAACAGACCAAGUUUUGGUGAAAAAAUGCCACCAAAGAAUAUAUUUAGCUUUAAAAGCGUGCUGCUCGUAUUUGGUAUAUUGUGGAAAUUCAGUGACACACAGGUGAACAGAGAAGAAGCCAACCAGCCUCCAGGUGAGACUCAACCUGAAGAUGGACCCAGAGGUGACGGCAAUGCCUUCUACGCCCUGCGGAGCUGCCAGCAGCUGCUGCAGAGCGAUGCCGGCGAGUUCUUCUCCCCGGAUUACCUGUGCUCCAACCCGCCGCUGUGGUGCAACUGGACCAUCCAGGUGGACCCGGCAAAGAGGAUCCAUCUCGACCUGGAGGACCUGACCCCCGUCGACACCUGCCACCUCAAAGAGGACCAAGUCCACUUGGACGAGCCCAUUGGACAUUUAAAGGCUCACAAAGUCCUACAGAAGUGCUGGCGGGAGGCCAAGUACACGUCCUCGUCCAACACUCUGUAUGUGGUGCAGCUGAUUGGCGGCUGGCCCAGCUCGCCCUACAGGGGCUUCUACGGCCGCUACAAGGCCUUUGGACCCCCGGUGGUUUACAACCCGCAGGAGGGAUUCCCAAACAGGGAGUCAGAACCAUCUCCUGGAAUCCCGGACUUCAAUGAACGUGUUAAGAACGGUGAACAGCUGGAGUCAGAGCACCCGUCGCCGGCUAGUUCUGAUCUUACGUAUGAUUAUUUUAGUCCAUCUUCAGACGGGACGGAGCCCGAGGAGGCCGUAGACACUGAGGUGGAUGAAAACCACCAUCCAGUCUCGGCAUCCACACAGGGGACCUCUCGAUCGGGAAGAGGUGCCUCUAAAACCCCUUCACGCCAGUCUGACUCAGCCGUCCCUCCUGCAUCUUCACAGCAGCAACGCAGCGGUCAGAGCCAGGAGCCGCUCAAACCCGCCACGAACAGCCCGGCUGCUAAUGUGGAAGAAGCUUCGACACAUCCAGAGAGAGCUUCGACACAUCCAGAGAGAGCUUCGACGCAUCUAGAGAAAGCCUCGUCAGAUCCAAAAGAAGCUGUACGUGCAGAGGAAGAGAGGCUGUCGGAGGAAGAAAGGCUUUUGGUGGAGGAAAUGCCAAACCGGCUUCCUUCUCUCUCUGAAGCAGCAGAACCAGAGGAGACUGAGCCGGCUCUUCCUCAGCCCAACAUGGUGGAGCCGCUGUCGGACCACCGAGGAAACCUCCACAUCAGAAAUCACUCUGAAGUUCCACAUCUUCCUGGCGAUCACCUGUUUGAAGUGACGGUUGAAGUGAAAUUCAUUCUGGAUGUAAAGGAGUCCUGGGACAACAUGUUCCUAUCACUGCUGCCGUCGGUAAAAGAGUUGAUCAGCAAGCAGCUGAAGCCUCUGCAUAUGCCGCUGUCCAUAAAGACUAAAAGAAAAAAAAGACUGAGUGCAGGAGGGCUGUACAUCAUCUGGCUGCAGAUUGGACAGGGGCCGGAGUAUCUGCAGGUCCACCAGACCGUCCACUCCAACCUGCACGGCCUCGCUGCCAUGGCCGUCGGCGGCAGCCAAUGGGAAGCUGUGAUCUCCUCGGUGUCGAUUGCAGAUGUAAACGAGUGCGGGACCCAGAUGGUGCUGUGUGACGUUAACGCAUACUGUGUGAACCGGUUUGGUUCGUACUCGUGCCACUGCAGGCCGGGCUUCCGGGACGAGUCCCGCCUGGGGUCGGGAGGGACUGCUUGUGUUGAUGAGAAGCCUGCAGGUUGCAGCUCGGACCUGUCGCCUGAGACGAAGGGCGUCUACGGGCUUUUCUUCCUGCUCAGCUCGCUCAUUCUGCUGCUGUUGGCGGCGGCCGGCCUGCUGUACCACCGGCACCGCCGCGGGGCCUUCCUGGUCCGGUGCCACAGCAGCGGCAGCAGCAUCGCUCCUCCGGACCCCAACAACAACAACCACCACCACCGCUGCCAUCACCGCCAUCACCAUGACGACACCUACUCCAGCCCCCCGGACUCUGACCUGCCCCCGCCCCCUCCACCAGCCCGGAGCUUCAGGGAGGGCUGGCCCCCGGCGAAGGAGCGCAGCCCGGCCCUGGACCUGCAACUGCUACGCUUCAGCCAGCUGCUGCGGCCCGACGCCUACACAGAGCCGCAGGAGGGCGGGAAGAAGUGAACGCAGUGAUAACAGAGAAUCUGAACUCGUUGAAAACCUCUUUUCAGUUAGUUUCAUUUGUCAGAUAUUCAGUUUGAAAUAAAAUUGCAACACAACAGCA